AUGUCGACAUCUCAGAAGCGAAGAUUUGUGUUGAAAUUAAUAUUUUUAUUUCAUUUUGUUUGUGAUGUUAGUGCCAGUGUAAGUGAGAAUGAAGUGAAAUGCAUCAAAUCAUAUUUGAAUCAUGAAAAAUCGUCAUCCCAAAAUGAUUAUUGCUCUGAAGUGAUUUUAAGUCAUGAACAAAAGUUUCGAGACCUUCAACGACCUUCAGUGACAAGUUGUAUCUUCAGUACAUUCAUUGAAUAUGAAGUUUUCCAUCUCUAUCUUAAAGGAUUUUUCUAUCACCAAUCAGCUUCAGAUAAAAAUCAAACGAAAUAUGAGAAGGAAGUUGAUGAAACAAUAAGAUUUCUCACGAAGAAAGCAAAACAACUUUGCGUUGCUGACAACAAAUACAAAGAAGAAUUUGAUUCAAUUUAUGAUAAUCGAAAACCAUCUCUAAACAAUUCCAUAGAUGAAAUUUGUGCUCGAAAAUAUUUCAUUGAUAAAAACAUCUUACAAGCGAAAGAUUUUGGAUUUGAUGUUUCAUCUAUGAAUAUCACCAUUUGUGACUUGUUUUAUUAUUCUGUUUACGAAAAGCUUUUUGAAAGAGAUUACGAAGAACAUGACGAUUCGUUAUUCUUUGGCAUGUCUCCUUCAAGUAUUCAUCAUUGCAUAACAAAAAAGUUUAGAGAAAGAAAACUUUCACCAAAGUUAUACGCAGUUAGUAUAAUGAUGAAAUUUCAAUUGACUUCGUUACAAAUUUCUAAACUUCGAUCGGAGUAUGUUAACAGCAUGAAAUCUUUUACAAUACUUUUGUUUGAAUGUAUCAAAGAAAGUUAA